AUGGUAAAUGUAGACACUAUGCGGCAAAAACUUGGCAGUGCGGGUACAAUGUCCAGAGCUCUUGCGAAAAAGAAGCAUAUUUCUAUAGAAAGUAUUCGAAUGGAACCUGUGGUCGAUAUGGCGAUUGGAUGGAGUCGAGAGGCGGCGUGGGACAAUGUGUUGUGUAGACAUAAAGACACUUUACUGGUAACAACAUGGACAACUAGGAAAAACGCACAGGGAACGCAUAAACUGGUCCAUGAAAGAUUUCUGAAGGAUGCUGCUUUAUCUUGUGCUACUGUCCAACAGGCAAUUGCUGCUAGUCACCCAUGCGAAACUUCCUGCUUUUUAUUGUUAGAGAAAGCGCAUGAGUCAAGGAUAACAGCUCUGACAGUCAAUUCUCGUGGUUCUGAGCUGAUUACCGGUUGCUCCAAGGGUAGCUUGAAGUUCUGGCAAGUGCGAAGUGGUCAACUCUUAGCGACAAUGCGUACCCGAUUACGGAUAGAGCGGUCGGCGCCGUGCACAUCGAAUAGUUUACUGGCUAUUGCCUGUGCAGGAGAUGAAGGUGCUUCAGUAGCUGUUGUGGAUACAUUGUGUCGGCGUGUCGUGCGCACCUUCCUUUCUGUUGGUCAUUCUGUGAAUGCGUUGACGUUCUCAAGUGAUGGGCGGUGGCUUCUUACAGCGGACGACAAGAAAUAUAUCAGGGUCUGGGAGCUGUCGACCUCGCAACUCAUAGAUGUGAUGCUGUUCGACAAGCCAUGUAUUAGCAUGUCCUUCAACAGUUCUGGUGAAUAUCUGGCUACUGUUCACAAGGGUGAAAAAGCGAUCUUUGUUUGGGUGAACAAGAAUAUGUACGCAACACAUGUGAACAUACGAGCUCUUCCCUUGGAUUACGUACCUACGUGGGCGGAUUCAUGCGUGGCAGAAAUGGGUGUUAAAACAUUUGUAAUUGACGACGAGAGUGAUGACGAGGAAACCGAUUCGGAUGAGCAUACACAGACGAGGUUUCAGCUCGAUCCCUCGCUUGUGACAUAUUCGGGUUUGGCACCAUCUAGAUGGGCAAAUCUUCCCGACCUUGCUUUAAUCAAAGAAAGGAACAAACCUGAUCAACCCGCAAGGAAGCCAAAACAGGCGCCUUUCUUCUUAACGGCGGCUCCUACCCUUGAAGGAUUCGAGUUUGAAGUUCCAGAGGAAGAUGAACAAGAAACAAGAAAAACGUUACAAGCUAAAAGAAGUUUGCUGGAGCUUGAAAGUUCAUUUAGCGCGUCAUUGAGGGCUGCUGAAACAGUAGAAGAACUUUUUGAAGUGUUCUCUUGUUUGAAAAAGAUGUCCGUAUCGGCAAUCGAUUUCCAGCUACGGACCUUACCUGAAGACUUAUUGCCGAAGUUCUUCAAAAUGUUAACAGAG